GACCUUUGAUUGAGCAUAGCUAGAGUGCGGCAGAGCUUGACAAAUAAUUGUCAAGCUUGCUGAAACUUGACCCCAUCCCAUUCGAGUACCUGAAGUUGAAUGAGUUUGCCAUUUUUGUUCGUGACAAGGCAUUUUCGGCGCAGCAUAAGAGUCCUUAAUCACGUCAACCGAAGGCUUGUGUCGUCGUCAAACAGUCAUCGGCAGCGCAUCUAGCAGCACAGCGUAGUAGCACCCCAGCAGCACCCUAGCAGCAAUCAUGUCAGAAAAACACCUCGAAGCCGGUCAGCCUCUGCCAGCCUUAAAGGAUGGAUCCAUUCGUCUCUACAGCAUGAAGUACUGUCCAUUUGCACAGCGCCCUCGCUUGGUUCUAAAGGCCAAGGGAAUCGAUUAUGAAGAGAUCAACUGCAACUUGAAGAAUAAGCCAGAGUUUCUCUUGGAGCGACAUCCAGAUGGGAAGGUCCCCGUCUUUGAACACAACGGCAGAGUCGUCAUCGAGUCCAACAUCAUCUGUGAUCUCGUAGACGAGUUGUAUCCCGACCCGCCUCUCUACCCCAAGGACCCGAUUGAGAAGGCCAAGGAUAAGAUGGUCAUGGAUACCUAUUCAUCAAAGGUGAUUCCAGCAUUCUUCCAGGUAAUCAAGUCUGGAGAGCAGAACGAAGAAGCAGCCACAAAACUCCUGGCUGGCCUGACCUUAUUUGAUGCCGAGCUCAAGAAACGAGGAACUCCGUUCUUUGGCGGCCAGCAGCCCAACAUGGUGGACUUCAUCACCUGGCCCUUCAACGAGCGCCUGGCGGUCUCGGACCCACUGAUGGCCCUCAUUAAACCCAAGCUGCCAGACCUGGACGCCUACUUCCAGCGGAUGUUGGCCAACCCAACUGUCAAGGCCAUCCUCACCAGCAAAGAGAUUCACCAGAAGUACCUCAAGGGCUAUUUGACCGGGAAUGUCCAGUACGAUUUCUAGGCUGACUAGAGGGAAAGGCACCAAGUCUUCAAAAGGGAAAAGAUUCCCGUCACUCAUCGGCAAAGCCAUACAAAAAAAAUUCUUUGUUUACUCCUCUUCGUGUGUCCAUAAAAGCAAUUCACUUUGAUUUCUGGUUCUGGUUGUGGUUCUUGUGCUGGUUCUGGUUCUGGUUCUUCUGGUUGAGUUGGUAAAAUUCACUCAAGAAUAUCGCACCAACUUUUGACCUUAUGACUUGCAUGGAGUGGAUGUGGAGAUGACCUUAGUAAAUUGACUUAUUUGUCCAUGAAGUGAUGGGAUGCACUGUAUCCUUGAAGGCAAGUAGUGUCCUACAGUUGACGACGUUAGCUGGCAAAUCGAUUUCAAAUCGUGUCCAAAACAAUAACUAAUACUUUGCUAAUACCAAAACCAAUAGCAAGCAGAUCACUAAUGACGGGUACUUCAUAGAUUUAACCAUAUCUAGUUUUUAGGUAUUCUGCUUUGACACCACACAAAAUAACAAGUAAUAAUAAUUACAUAUGUCCGUAGGCUUUCCGCAACAAUCGAACAUAAAAAAAAUGGACGAGCUUGAUAUCCCCUACAAUCCCUGGAUCCGCCCCUGUUUUGGGCCUAUAUGCUGACCUGUAAAGGCGAUAUUAAGACUGCCGGCUGACAACACGUACCGGUACCUGACAGUGGCAAGAUGUCUUCAAAUGUGUAUCGAAGAUUCCGAAGUACAAAGUUUCAAAAGAAUAGUUCCUUUUUUAUUUAUAUUUUUUCACACGAUUCUGUAUCUGUUUUUUUCUAUGUAUUAUAGAAAUCAUUAUGCAUUUGCUUCGUUCCAAAUAAUAACAUUACUCAGAAUCCAAGGAUGUUGAAUUCUAACUUGUUGAACUUGA